GAGGACGUGGCUGUGUACUUUUCCCAGGAGGAAUGGAGGCUUCUUGAUGAGGCCCAGAGAUUCCUGUACCACGAUGUCAUGCUGGAGACCUUUGCACUUGUUGCAUCAUUGGGACUUGUAUUUUCUAGGUCGCAUGUUGUCCAAGUGAAGCUGAGAGGAGAACCCUGGGUACUUGACAGAGUGGACAUGACUCCAGGCACAACAUGAGGGGCUCAAAGUGAACCUGGGUCUGGUGAUUGGCAUCAGGGGAAGGAUGUGAUAUUAUGGUUGGAGUCAAGUCAUAUCAGGAACAUGUCCUGUGCCCAGCACAGUUUUGGUGUCAAGGACAGUGACUGUGUACCUCACUUCUAUCUUUCCUACCCAUUCUUGACACUUUACUUCUUCUGUCAUAUCUACUCUGACUUCGAACCCAGGAUUAUCCCUCACUUCUCUGUCUUCCAUUCCGCAUUGGUCCUCUCCAUCCUCACUCCUCUGUGCUUUUCAGUAUUGGCCUACACUUAACGUGUCAUGAGUUCUGCACCUAUCCUCAAAAUAGUCCUUGAACACCAGCUACUCAGUGACAAUCGGAUUUUCCUGGGCCUGGACACAGCUUUCCAUACAGCACACAUGUGUCCCCAGCAACCAAGGCCCUGGUGAAAACCGUUCCUGGAGGAGUGAGUUGUGGACCCCAGCUCCUCCGUGUGCUCCACCCCAUCCUUGUGCCUUUUGCCUGGCGAGUCCUCCCUGUUCUGUGACGUGGAGAGGCACAGUCCUGCACAGCUGCACUUUCUUUACCUGCCCCCAGCUCCCUUGUCCUGAAAACAGUCCCAUGGAUUAUUUCCUCGGUAUGUCAGACACAUAUUUGAUAUUUGUGAUGGGGCUGCCUCCUUCUACCAAAAUCUACAUGAAGUUCAUACAUAUGUCUGUGCUUUCAGGUUGUUGGCAUGGAGCAAAGGUCAAGGAGACACCUUCUGAGCAGAAUGUUUUUGUAGAAGUGCCACGAAUAAAUACUUCAAAGACAAACCUGUCCACCCAGGAGGCCUAUCCCUGGGAGAGGUGUAGCCCAGACUUAGAAGGUGGUUUGCAUUUAGCUGAGGACCUCGGAACAAACCCUGGCCAGAAACUGUGUGGGUCAGGUGUGAAAUUUCACCAGCACAGUGGAAAGAAACUCUUUAGAAGAGAUGUGGGUAAGGCCUUUAUGAACAGCCACACAGUCCAUGCAUCCAAGAAGUCUUCCACAUGCCAGGAGGCUGGGAAGAAUUUCCUUGGUAGCUCUAGCCUUCUCCAGCACCAGGUCACUCCACAAAAGGACGCUGAAUGUGUGGAAGCCUUUCACAAUGAACAAAGGCACUAUAAGUGCAGUGAAUGUGGUAAAGCCUUCUGCCGCAAGUACAGGCUUGCUCAGCACCAGAGAGUCCACACUGGAGAGAGGCCUUAUGAAUGCAGUGAAUGUGGGAAAACCUUCAGCUAUAAACACAUACUUAUUCAGCACCAGAGAGUCCACACUGGAGAAAGGCCUUAUGAGUGCAGGGAAUGUGGGAAAGCUUUUAGCAACAAACCCACACUUGUUCGGCACCAGCGAAUUCACACUGGAGAAAGGCCUUAUGAGUGUAGUGAAUGUGGGAAAUUCUUUAGCCAAAGCUCCAGCCUCAGUGAACAUCAGAGAAUUCACACUGGAUCACGGCCUUAUAAAUGCAAUGAAUGUGGAAAAUUCUUUACAUCCAACUCCAACCUAAUUAAACACCGGCGAGUUCACACAGGCACAAGGCCUUAUGAGUGCAGUGAAUGUGGGAAAUUCUUUAACCAAAGUCCCAGCCUCAUUAAACAUCAGAGAAUCCACACUGGUGAACGGCCAUAUGAAUGCAGUGAAUGUGGGAAACUUUUUAGCCAAAGCUCUACUCUCAUUAAGCACCAGAGAGUUCACACUGGAGCAAGGCCUUAUAAAUGCAUUGAAUGUGGGAAACUUUUUAGCCAAAGCUUUGGCCUCACUCAACACCAGAGAAUUCACAGUGGAGAAAGACCAUAUGAGUGCACUGAAUGUGGAGAAUCCUUUAGCCAAAACACCCAACUUACUCAACACCGAAAAGUUCACACUACAGGGAGGCCUCUUGAGUGUAGCAAAUGUGGAAAAGUCUUCAGUCAAAGGUCUGCUCUGACUGAGCACCAGAAACUUCACAGCCCAGACAGACGCUUUGAGUGCAGCGAAUGUAGGAAAGCUUUCAGCCGAAGGUCUAACCUCAUUCGUCACCAGAAAGUUCAUACUGGAGAAAGGCCUUCAAAUGAGAUGAGAGCAGUGAAUGAGCUGUCUCCUUAGUUAAUACAUCAUACUGAAUAGGCUCUGUGAGGGAGUCAUCAACUGGAAGUUGAAUGCCAUACAUCUGAACAGCCCUAGUGUGUAGAUUGCCUGUGAGUACCAGGUUCAUAGGAAGCUUUUAAGGAGCUACACUCUACUUUCUAACCUGUGCAGGGCCCUUGCCAGACUAACGUCAGUGUUAGUUUCUGUGGUAAAAAUCAUCUUACCUCUACCAAGUGGCAGUCGCCUCAGUGUAAUCAGGGUAGGUAGACCUCUGUGCUCUUGCAUCCUGUGGAGGGAAGCAUGAGUAGCCUGAGCACUUGGGUGUUACCAUUCUAUUGUGUCUAACUGACUAGGCCAUGGACUUAACCAGCUUUGACCAAGGUGACCCAGUCUGGGUUCUGCUGGUGGCUUACAGAGGGUUACCUUUUUCAGUGGCAUUAUUUCAUGUCAUACUCCGGAUGGAUUUUUCUAGCUCUAUGUCACCUGUUUGGGAAUUUUGUAUACCUCAGUGGGGAUAGUAUCAUGGCAGAGAAUAGUUUUCAUUGCAGUUUGUGUCUAAUUUGCAUUGCUGUCCAAGGCCUCCUGCAGGGCUUUGUGGGAAUAAUGUUGUGACCUGGAUAUCAGAAUUUUUGGUGGGUCCUUACAUCACCCUUAGAUGAGGAGAGUUGUGAGAACCACCAGUGUUUUUUCUUUUGUUUGUUUUUGUGUCAUACGCGGGCCUCUCACUGUUGUGGCCUCUCCCAUUGCAGAGCACAGGCUCCGGACGCGCAGGCUCAGCGGCCAUGGCUCACGGGCCCAGCCGCUCUGCAGCAUGUGGGAUCUUCCCGGACUGGGGCACGAACCCGUGUCCCCUGCAUCAGCAGGCAGGCUCUCAACCACUGUGCCACCAGGGAAGCCCCACCAGUGUUUUUUGGAGCAGCACGAGUUGUUCUCUUUUUCACAGAAGAUGUCACAUCAUACCCCCAGUACUGUUCAAGAGAAGAAGUUCUCUAAGUCCAGCUGGAAAACAGCCAUGAGCCAUAAUGUCCACAACGUGGUAGGCUGGUGUUGCUGAGCGUUAGAUUACAGACAUUAGGUGGGAACCAUAUUUGGUACAGAAACACUCAGGGAAUUAGUAGGAAGUGAAAGACAAGCAAACAAGUAGGGAUGAGCCUUUUCUAAAGCUGCAUCCAAUAAAGCAACUGUACUCUGAUAAAAAGACAAAUUGCUGUAAUUUGGGGUCCUUAGGAAAAUAAAAAAUAAAGUUGCAUUCACAAAUGUACCAGGAUUAUGGCCAUAAAGGAUAAAGUUUUUGCAGAAAUCCUUAGGAGGUACAGGGCUGUUUCUCUUCUCCUGAGGUCCAAGUCAGUGUCAGACUGAAUACUGUAAAGGUUUUAGGAUCCCACAGCAUCUCCAAAUUGUUUAUCUCAAGGCCGUUGCUGCAGUGAAAAUAAAAAUGAGGAAGGGGAAAAUCAUGUAAUCCUGGCAUGUUAUUUUUAUGACUCGGGAAGAGGUCCUGGAUAACUCAAGUAGAAACACCUUUCAUUGUUAUAAAGACAGGUGUCUUUAUUGCUACUGUGACAGUCCCUCCCAUGAGACAAGAAAAGGUGAUGGAGUUAAUGUGUUGGUUUCCAGAGUUCUACUUUUCCAAAAAGGAGAUUCAGAUUUUUAUGUGAAGCCAAUUUUUAUUAAAAUUUAAUCGAGCUAUACCGUUGGUAGGCACUCAACUGAAUAUACUUAAAAUGUACAGCUUGGUAAGUUUUAGUAUGUCUAAAAUCACAACCAUCAUUAUAAUAACAAACAUCCAUCAGUUCCAUAUCUACCUUUACAUCUCUCCAUGGGCUCCCAGGCAACUACUGUUGACUUUCUUUCACAUUCAAUUAGUUAAUGUUUUCUAGAGGUUUAAUAUCAUUGGAAUCUUAAUGUGUUUACUUUUGUAUUUGCCUUUUUCUUUCAUGGUGCAUAAUUAUCUUGAGAAUCAUCCAAGUUGCUGAUGUGAAUAGUUCUGUUGUUUUUUCUUUUUGCCAUGCCGCAAGGCUUGUGGGAUCUUAGUUCCCUGACCAGGAACUGAACCCAGGCCCUGAGCGUUGAAAGCACAGAGUCCUAACCACUUGACCACUAGGGAAUUACAUAAUAGUUUAUUGCUUUAAUUCCUGAAAAAUACACUGUUUGGAUAUACCACCCUUUGAUUGUUUAUCCAUUCAUCUGUUAAAUGAUGGGGUUUUGUGGUUUGUUUUUGGUUUGGCUAUCACAGAUAAUCUUAUUAUGAAUGUACAUAAAAUCCUUUAUAUGAAUAUAUGGUUUCAUCUUCUAAAGUGAAUGACUGUACCCUUUUGCAUUCCCAUCAAUUGUAUGGGAGCAUUCAAGUUCCCCUAUAUCCUUCACCUGUACUUGGUUGUUAUAUUAAAUGUAUUAAAUAUUAACCUGUUUUAAAAGUGUGUAGAGUUAUCUUACUGUGGUCUGAUGACAUUUCCCUAAUGGUUCAUCAUGUUGAACAUUUUUAAUGUGCUCAUUUGCCAGCUGUGUAUCUUAGAUGUUCACAGUAGUUAUUUUCCAACUGGUAGUGAAUGUUGGCUGAUAUUUCCCUUUUUAUAAUAACUAAGAAGACAAUAAAAGAAAUGUGUUAGAACUUGA